UGGAGACUGGACUCUCUGGUCCUUUUUCUCUCUGUUUCCUGUAAUCAGAAGAGACAGAGAAACUAGCUGCUAUGCUACCCUUCACACCUGACUGUCCCACUGGGCAGUGAGCCAGCCAACCACCUGUCCAGGGGAAGCAGCCUCCCUCAAAGCUUGCAAGCCCCAAAGAAGGGGGAGGGAAUUUCAGUGAGUGCUGAGACUUUGGAAAGAACCCACAGAGGGAGGACACUACCAGCCACAGCCUCCCAGAGCUCACUGCAGUGGACGGGACCCUCUCUGGAGGUCACCGAUGCCCCAGCCCCAGCAGCUCCCGGGGCUGCUGUUGGCAACUAUGUCUCCAGGUCGCCCAAGCCUCUGGGUGCUCGUGGUCCUGGGCAUUGGGUGGCUGGGCUUGGAGCAGCAUGUGGCUGAAGCUGCUGUCCGACAUCGCUACGUCGCUGCUCAGAUCAUCAACUGGACCUAUCGCCCUCAGACCAACGACCCAAGUUUAAAUCCUUCAGAGCCUACCUUUAAGAAAAUGGUCUACAGAGAGUAUGAAGCAGGUUUCACAAAAGAAAAACCAACAUCGGACAUUUCAGGACUUCUGGGACCUACUCUUUUUGCUGAAGUUGGAGACACCUUGAAGGUUCACUUUAAGAAUAUGGCUAAGAAGCCUUUAACCAUCCAUCCCCAAGGAAUCGAAUAUAACAAACUAUCUGAAGGUGCCUCUUAUGCAGACCAAACAUCCCCAGUGGAAAAGAUGGAUGAUGCUGUUCUUCCAAAUCGGGAAUAUACCUACACAUGGUUCAUCACUGAAGACAGUGGACCUACAGAUGAUGAUCCUCCUUGCCUCACAUAUUUCUAUUACUCCUAUGAUAACUUAGUGAUGGAUUUCAACUCUGGUCUUAUUGGACCUUUGCUCAUCUGUAAGAAAGGCAGCCUUACUGAGAAUGGGAUUCAAAAGAUGUAUGACCGGCAACACGUGCUGAUGUUUGCAGUGUUUGAUGAAAGCAAAAGCUGGCAGCAGUCACCUUCCCUGAUGUAUACGGUCAACGGCUAUGUGAAUGGAACACUGCCAGAUAUAACAGUCUGUGCCUAUGACCAAAUUAGUUGGCAUCUAAUUGGAAUGAGCUCUGGUCCUGAACUAUUCUCUAUUCAUUACAACGGGCAGGUCCUGGAACAUAACUCUCAUAAAGUCUCAGCAAUCCCCCUCAUUGGAGCCUCGUCAACCACGGCAAAUAUGACUGUGAGCCAUGAGGGAAGGUGGAAGAUAUCUUCUCUCAUCCCAAAGCAUAUUCAAGCUGGGAUGAAGGCUUAUCUCAAAAUUAAAAAAUGCCCAAAAAGCACCAGAAAGGUAAACAAAUUAACCCGAGAUCAGAGGCGUUACAUUAAAAAGUGGGAGUAUUUCAUUGCUGCAGAGGAAGUUAUUUGGGACUAUGCCCCAGAAAACCAGGAGAACAUGAACAAAAGACAUAGCUUUUGGCACAAAAAUAACCCAAACCAAAUUGGGACACGUUAUAAGAAGGUUGUCUACAAGCAGUACCAAGAUGAAACUUUCACUAAACGCAAAGAAAGUAAUGAUAAAUCCAAAGACAAUAAAGAACCUGAAGAAAGUAGUAUCUUGGGUCCUAUCAUUAGGGCCCAAGUAAGAGAUACCCUUAAAAUUGUAUUCAAAAAUAUGGCCAGCCGUCCCUAUAGUAUUUAUCCUCAUGGAGUAACACUUUCCACAGAUGAUGAAACAGCUAUGAAUGUUUCUACUUCAGGCAACAACACCUUGGUCAAAGCUGUCCAACCAGGAGAAACUUACACUUAUAAGUGGAACAUCCUGGAAUCUGAUGAACCCACAGAAAAUGAUGCUCAAUGCUUAACAAGGCCAUAUUAUAGUACUGUGGACAUCCCAAGGGAUAUUGCCUCAGGCCUGAUUGGGCUACUGUUGAUUUGUAAGAGCAGAACCUUGGACAAUCGAGGGGUCCAGAGGACAGCAGAUUCUGAGCAACAAGCUGUGUUUGCUGUAUUUGAUGAGAAUAAAAGCUGGUACAUUGAGGACAAUAUUAACAAAUUUUGUGAAAACCCCUCUUCUGUGAAACGAGAUGAUCCAAAGUUUUAUGAGUCUAACAUUAAGAGUACAAUAAAUGGCCUUUUGCCUGAGAGUAUACCGACCCUGGGAUUUUGUUAUGAAGACACUGUCCAGUGGCACUUUUGCAGUGUGGGUAUCCAGGAUGAGAUUCUUACCCUUCACUUGACUGGCCACUCAUUCUUAUAUGGAAAAAGACACGAAGACGUCCUGACGCUCUUUCCUAUGAGUGGAGAAUCUGUAACGGUCACAAUGGAUAAUGUAGGAACCUGGGAGCUCACUUCCAUAAGCUCUAACCACAGGAGCCGAAACCUCAAGUUGCGAUUCAGGGAUGUUAAAUGUAUAAGGAAUUAUGAUGAUGACUCCUAUGAAAUUUUAUUUGAUGACAAUUUGGAAAAAGUUGUCACAGAGAAGAAUAAAGUUAACACCAGAAAUAUGCCUGAUUCAGAGGAAGAGGAAUGGAUUCCUGAUGAUGAUAGUGAUUAUCAGGAUCAACUGGCUUUGCAGUUUGGUAUUAGAUCAUUUAAAAAUUCAUCAGGACCUCAUGAGGGAGAUGAGCUUCUUAAUCUCACUUCUUUGUUUAUGGAAGAAAUCUCUGAAAUGACUCCCCUAAAUGUGACUACAUCUUUGGAGACCUCUCAGAUUUCCCCAAAAGACCCUGGUAGUAGUUCCAAACUUCAAGCUACCCUUCCUUACUCGGUAAUCACAACAACUAGAUCUCCCUUGAAGAACAUCACUACUACAGGUACACGAUCCAUUACAUCAUACACUAUAGACUCCAGUCUGAAGAAUUCCAAAUCCCAUUCUAAAGAACUUGUCGAUAAGAAUACAAAUUCGGCUACCGUGGGGACAGCUUUGUCACCUCUUGGUGCAGGAAUUUUCCAAAGCCAAGAAGAUGUCAAGAAGGCAGGCCAUCAGGCCAACAAGGAGACUUCCACAUUUAUCACUACCUCAGCUAACCAAUCUGAGGCAGAAAGAAAAACAUCAGUACAAUCCAAUCAUACACGGAUAGAACUACCAACAGAAAAUGUGAGGGCGAAUUUAACUCUAGAACUCCCUGAUCUCCAUAGAAGUGACAUUCCCAACUCCAGAGCAGGAACACAAGAUCUUCUAGAUGAUCUGGUAGUUGUUAACCAGAAGGAUGCACCAAAGGUUUUGAAUGGGAAAUGGAAUUUGGUUUCUGAGAAAGGGAGCUAUGAAAUCAUCAAAGAUACAAAUGAAGAUGAGGUGGAAGAUAAGCUGUUGAACAACCCCCAGGAUGGUGCAACAUCUAGGAGAGAAGGAAUUCCUUCUGCUAAUUGGCACAAACCUUUAAAAAUAGGAAAGAACAGAGAAAAUGGUAGGUUCAGGAAAUCUUCAGUUUUGAUUAAGACUCGAAAAAGGAAAAGAGUUAAGUUGGCAGACAAUUUACUGAUGUCCCCCAGAGGUUUCAGUCCUCUAAAAGGAAGGUACAGUGCCACAUUGCCCCACAGAGGAUCCAAUCACUCACUCUUAUCCAAUGAUUCCAAUGAGAUACCAUCCCCUAAGGACCUAGAACAAGCAUCUCCCACUUUAUAUCUUGAUCAGAAUUUCUCUGCCGUGGAGCUGGAUCAGAAAUUUCCCCCAGCAGAGUUUAGUAAGUUGUCCUCUGAUCCAAAGUUAAGUGAAAUAUUCUCCACUCUAAAGCUUGUUUCUACUACUCAUCCUCCUGAUGUCUAUCAGACAUCUUCCCUUCCAGAUCAUCAUGAAACACCUUCCCCUCUAGCCCCUUAUGAGACAUUCUCCCACCCAGAUCUUAAUGAGACUCCUUUCCCUCCUUCCUUCUAUGAGACCACUCCCCCUCCAGAUCUUUAUGAGACUACUUUUCCUCCCUCCCUUUAUGAGACAACUCCCCCUCCAGAUCUCUAUGAGAUUCCUUUCCCUCCCUCCUAUUAUGAGUCAACUCCCCCUACAGACUUCUAUGAAGCAUCCUUCUCUCCAGAUCUUAAUGAGACUCCUUUCCCUCCUUCCUUCUAUGAGACCACUCCCCCUCCAGAUCUUUAUGAGACUACUUUUCCUCCCUCCCUUUAUGAGACCACUCCCCCUCCAGAUCUCUAUGAGACUCCUUUCCCUCCCUCCCAUUAUGAGACAACUCCCUCUUCAGAUCUCAAUAAGACUCCUUUCCCUCCUUCCUAUUAUGAAUCAACUCCCCCUACAGACUUCUAUGAAGCAUCCUUCUCUCCAGAUCUUAAAGAGACUCCUUUCCCUCCCUACCUCUAUGAGACCACUCCCCCUCCAGAUCUCUAUGAGACUCCUUUCCCUCCCUACCUCUAUGAGACCACUCCCCCUCCAGAUCUCUAUAAGACUCCUUUCCCUCCCUCCUUCUAUGAGUCAACUCCCCCUUCAGACUUUUAUGAAGCAUCCUUCCCUCCACAUUUUUAUGACACAACUCCCCCUCCAGACUUUUAUGAAGCAUCCUUCCCUCCAGAUUUUUAUGACACAACUCCUCCUCCAGACUUUUAUGAAGCAUCCUUCCCUCCAGAUUUUUAUGACACAACUCCCCCUCCAGAUUUCUAUGAAGCAUCCUUCUCUCCAGAUCUCUACGAGACAACCCCUCCUUCAGACAACUAUGAAGCACCUUCCCCUCCUGAUCUCAAUUGGAAUUCCUCUACUUUGGAUCUGAAUCAAACCCAUUUCCUACCAGAGGUUGGUCAGAUAUUCCCUUCUCCAGAAUUCAGUGAGAACUUGCCUCCAGACCUUAGUCAUACACCCUCUUCUCCAGUUCUUGAAUCAAUAUCCCAAUCACUCCCAUCCCAAAUCAAUGUUACUUUGACACCAAGACAAGUUAAUCCAGCAAUUAUAGUGGGUCUUACCAAAGCUGAUGGGGGUUAUGUUGAGUAUAUUCCAGGGCAGGCUGUCAAAGACAGUGAUGAUGAUGAUGAUGAUGAUGAUUAUGAUUUUGAAGCCACAUUUGUACCCUAUGAUGACCCUUAUAAAACAGAUAGAAGGACAGAUACAAGCUCACUCCGAAACCCUGACAACAUUGCAGCAUGGUAUCUCCGAAGCCACAAAGGAAAUAGAAAAAAUUACUACAUUGCUGCUGAGGAAGUACUUUGGGAUUAUUCAAAAUUCUCAAAAAGCAUGAAGAAGGCUGAUGAUGCUGAGGAUAUCAUAGAGAACACAGUGUAUAAGAAAGUGAUUUUUCGGAGCUACCUGGACAAUACCUUUUCAAUGCUUGAUCCUCGGGGAGAGAAUGAUGAUCACCUUGGAAUCCUUGGCCCUAUUAUCAGGGCUGAAGUAGAUGAUGUGAUCCAAGUUCGUUUUAAAAAUCUAGCCUCCAGGCCAUAUUCUCUUCAUGCUCACGGGCUUGCCUACGAAAAAUCAUCAGAGGGAAAGAGCUAUGAAGAUGACUCCCCGGAAUGGUAUCAGGAUGACAAUGCCAUUCAGCCCAACGGCAGUUAUACUUAUGUAUGGCACGCGACAGAACGAUCUGGUCCAGAAAAUCCUGGGCCUGCUUGCCGAGUUUGGGCUUACUACUCAGCUGUGAAUCCGGAAAAAGAUAUCCAUUCAGGCCUAAUAGGCCCGCUUGUGAUCUGCCGAAAAGGAACACUCCAUAAAGAAAGCAACAGGCCCAUAGAUAUGCGAGAAUUUGCCCUACUUUUUAUGGUCUUUGAUGAAAAGAAGAGCUGGUAUUUUGAUAAAAAGCCUAAAAGGAAGAUAACUUCAGAAGUGAAAAACGCUCACAGGUUUCAUGCCAUCAAUGGUCACAUCUACAAUUUGCCAGGACUAAGGAUGUAUGAAAAGGAGAGAGUGAGAUGGCACUUACUGAAUAUGGGUGGUUCCCAGGAUAUUCAUGUGGUUCACUUUCAUGGCCAGACGUUGCUGGAGAACGGAACCCAAAAGCACCGUUUGGGGUCUUGCCCUUUGCUUCCUGGUUCAUUUAAAACUCUUGAAAUGAAGGCAUCAAGACCUGGCAUAUGGCUCUUAGACACUGAGGUGGGAGAAAAUCAGAUAGCUGGAAUGCAAACACCAUUUCUUAUAAUAGAUAAAGAAUGCAAGAUGCCCAUGGGCUUAAGUACUGGCAUUAUAGCUGAUUCACAGAUAAGUGCAUCCAGUUUCCUGGGUUAUUGGUAUCCUAAAUUAGCAAGGUUAAACAAUAGUGGAUCUUACAAUGCUUGGAGUGUAGAAAAACAACUAUAUUCUUUUUCGUCUGAACCCUGGAUCCAGGUGGACUUCGAAAAAGAAGUUGUACUUAGUGGGAUACAGACCCAGGGCGCCAAACAGUACCUGACGUCUUACUAUACCACCCAGUUCCGUGUGGCGUAUAGCUCCGACAAAAGAAUGUGGCGGUACUUCAAAGGGAACAGCACUUCAAAGCAGGAGUACUUUGAGGGUAAUUCAGAUGCCACCAGCAUUAAAGAAAAUCCCUUUGAUCCACCCAUUGUGGCUAAAUACAUCCGAAUCUCCCCAACCCACUCGUAUAAUAGACCUACUCUCCGCCUGGAAUUGCUGGGCUGUCAGGUCCAAGGCUGCUCCACACCCCUGGGUAUGGAAAGUGGAAAGAUACAAAACAAUCAGAUUACAGCUUCAUCAACAAGAAAAUCUUGGUUGGGAGGUUACUGGUCACCCUUCUAUGCCCGUCUCAAUGCACAAGGCCGUGUGAAUGCCUGGCAAGCCAAGUCGAAUAACAACAAGCAGUGGCUGCAGAUAGACCUGCUCAAAACCAAGAAAAUAACGGCAAUUACAACCCAAGGAGCCAAGUCUUUCUCAAAUGAAAUGUAUGUGAUGACUUAUGCUAUCUUCUACAGUGAUCGUGGCACGGACUGGAAACCUUAUAAGGACAAAUCAUCCAUGAGGGAAAAGAUUUUUAUGGGAAAUGUUAAUCACAAAGGCCAGGUCAAGAAUUUUUUCAACCCUCCCAUCUUUUCCAGGUUCAUCCGUCUCAUUCCCAAGUCAUGGAAUCAAAGCAUUACUCUUCGAUUAGAACUCUUUGGCUGUGAUCUUUACUAAAGAUGGGAUAGAUAUUAUGCAUUCAAAAGCAAAGGAAUACCCUUUGAGUCUUUAAAUAAUUUAGCACCGGUUUUCUUUUUUGUAGCUAUUUCUAAAUGUCAGAUUUCAAAAGAUUUUUUCCACUAUUGCUUUUUUCUCUCGUGUCUAACAGAAACUAGGAUUUUCUCAAGAGAUUUUUUAGUUUAUUUUUUUCCCCACUAAGAAAUAAGAAGAUAGUUCUGAUUUGGCAUGUUAAUGUCUGAAUGAUUAACAUGAUCCAUGUUAAUGUAAUCAAUAUGGAAAAAUAUUGAAAGUAAUUAGUACCCAGCUGAAUUAAAGCAUUGUUGAUCACAAAUAGAAUCUUGAUUGUUACUCCAGAACACCCAGAUUUGGGCAUUUUUUUAAGCCCAGAUGCCCUCAUUAGCAUAGGUUAUUAAUAGUGUUAGUGUAUUAUACUCACAUUUCCAGGAAAGUGAUUUUCAGUGAUGAACCGGAAGCAUUUGGGAUGUUGGCCACAGACAAAAUGAACAAUUUCAAGGUUGGCAAUUUUAAAAACUCUGUGAGGUCACCAAUAAAAAAAUCUUUAGAUUUUUGCAUUAAUAAAUUGUGUUGUGAUUGUUCUUUUCUUAUGUUUCAUAAUAUAACUUAUCAUGAAGAUUGUAAAUUAUCAAUCUGAUGUUUUACUUCAUUAGUUGCUGAGGUGAGUAAUAAAAGGGGUGAUGAUGGGAGUAAUAUUUAUUUAUUGCUUGUAUGCCUGACUAUGCUUCUUUUGUCAAAGUAAAAGGGAGGGCUGCAAAUAACCCAAAUAUAGAUAAAAAGUACACAGUUCUAUAAUUAUGAAUCAUUUUCCUUUAUGGAAAUGUGUGUCUAUAGUCGUGUAUAUGUGUGUUUUGUGAAUUUUAAAGCACCAUAUCUAUCAAUUAUUAUUAUCCUAGUGAACAUUUAGCUCUAGUGUCUUAUCUCACGUGCCCUCCCCUCCUAUUUCUUUUGGUAGAGGGCACCAAAAUCAACUCAAUUGCUGGUAUUUGUGAACAUCCCCUCACCUGGUGGCUGGUCUAAAUGCACUAAAUGCACCUUGAUUAGUCAGCAAUAGCACGGGAAGCCAAAAAUUACUGGUUUCUGGAAGGCAUAUUAUGACCUCCCUCCACUGAAGUCAUCUUUUCAAUUCUAUUUUGCUCAGGCAAUAUAAAAAAUGCAUUUCCUGAGCCCAUAGAAAUUAAUAAAUUGGCAAGUUGCUUACUGUAUGGUGAAAGUCAGGAUAUGAUAAUUUGUCAACUAAUACAUGAAAUGUAUAAAUUGGAAUAAUAUGGGUUAACUGACUAUAACUAGAUCCCAGUUAGAGUGAACAAUGAACCUCUUGAAGUGGCAAUUUUAUUUUAAUAUACACUGCAUAAUUUCAAUCAAUGACUGUGUUUUAUAUAAUUAUAACUUCCAACGCUGCAAAUUUCAAUAUGUGUGACCAUAUUGGGGGAAUAUAUUAUUUGCACUAAUUACACAACUAAAAUGAAUUGGAUGGCAGAGGAAAAAUUUGGAAUACAAAGAGUUAAGCACACUGUAUAGUAAUAUGCUGGUAAAUGUGUAAUCAUCAGCUCUUCGGAGGCAAAAAAAAAAAGGAUACAUGAUAUAUAUUUUUAAAU